UGACAGUUUUGCAUCUUACAGUCCAAAUUUCAGCUUCCGUUUUCCAUGUCUGUUUCAAUAAUCUCUAUUUUCCCCAGUUUUCCUCGGAUGUUUUAAUGAACUUUAAAAUGAACGUCGUCCAUCAAACAAACAAAGCCGGGAAACCAAAUUUGUGAUUCCAACUUUUUUUUGAGUGCGGAUCCAGUGACUAAGGGGGGGUGCUUAGUCACUUGACUAAGCCCCUCCUAGCCAUUAGAUCUGGACACUUCAAUCUAAUGGUUAAAAAGUGGGAAGGGCUAUUUAAUUAAUGACAGGGGUAGUUUGGGUAUUAUGGAAAAUUACAAAGUAUACAAACUGGAUUUACAAUCAGUACAAACCAUACAAACAUACGAACAGUACAAACUAGAGCGACAAAACAUACAAACAUUACAAACGUAUGAACUGUACAAACAAUACAAACUAGACCGACAAACAAUACAAACCAUACAAAAAGAAAAAACACCCGGGUUGACUUUGGAGGCUCCAUCCCUAUAUAGAGGGGCUCCUUCCCAAAGUCAACCCGGGUGUUUUUUAGACAUAAAAACAGUACGAACAUGGUGGACAAAAAUGACAAACUAUACCGACAAUCCAUACGAACUGAAAAAACACCCGGGUUGACUUUGGAGGCUCCAUCCCUAUAUAGAGGGGCUCCUUCCCAAAGUCAACCCGGGUGUUUUUUAGACAUAAAAAACAUUACAAACAUGGUUGACAAAAAUGAUAAACACGAUACACAAAAAUAACAAAAUUUACAAACAUUACAAAAAAAACCGACAAACAUUACAAAAUAACAAAACGUACAAACAUUACAAAAAAAACCGACAAACAUUACAAAAUAACAAAGCGUACAAACAUUAGAAAAUAAAUCGACAAACAAUACAAAGCAUACUAACAGUACAAAAUCUCUCUCUCUCUCUCUCUCUCUCUCUCUCUCUCUCUCUCUCUCUGGGGAAUUCCCCUGUAAUAAUGGCGGAUGAAAGGAGCAUAAUUCUCCUGCCCAGGAACUACGUGCCUGGAAAUUGGACGGACGGGCCGAAAAACGGAGACGGGUGGAUUAUUUUUUUUAUUUAUUUUAUAAUUAAAAAUAAAAAAUAAACAUGCAAUUACUACAGUGCCCUUCAUUAAAUUGAAUUAAUAGGAGCCCUUAGAUUUUAAUGAAGUUGAGUGGUUGAGAUUCACUUAGCCAUGUGACUAAGGGGACCCCCUUAGUCACCUGAUCUUAGCCCCUUUUUUUUCCCCAUAGAAAUAUGCGAUUGAAUUAUUAGCACAGAAUCAUUACCGCCACACAGUUUAAAAUAUCCGAAAGAGAAAAAACAACUCGACUUUCCCAUUCGGAUCUGCUGUCUUAUUGGUAGCCAUACUACAAAUACAUAAAUGGAGAAACUCUAGACGGAACAUCCAGUAGUAAGACAUUCAUUCACGUCCCAAAAGCUUCAGUAGCUCUAGCUAGCUCCCUCUUCCUCGUCAUUGGAAGAAAGAAAGAAAGAAGAAUGAUUCACAAUCUCAGAGCUUCACAGAUGCUUGUUCCCAUGGCUCUCUGCCUCGGCCUUGUCGGUGCUCUGAUAAUCUUCCUCCACAACACGUUGCUCAAGCCCCUCCUGCUGCAGCGCCGGCUUAAUUCCCUUGGAGCCAGAGGCCCUUCCUACAAGUUCUUCUUCGGGAACACUAUGGAGAUGAAGAAACUGAUGCAGGCGUCAAUGGCGAAACCCAUGACAGGGCUCUCUCACGACAUCUAUUCCAGGUUGCAGCCUCAUCUCUCUGCUUGGACCAACACUUACGGAAGGAAUUUCACGUUCUGGUUUGGGCCUAUGCCGUUCUUGGUCCUGUCGGAGCCGGAGCUGGUGAAGGAAGCGGCGGCUGAUCGGGAGAAAGCUUUUCGUAAAAUCGAGCUCAAAGGACCCAUAAAGAGGAUGCUUGGAGAUGGGCUGGUGACAUCUGAGGGCGAGAAGUGGGUCAAGAUGAGGAAGUUGGCCAACCACUCUUUCUUUGGCGAGAGCUUGAAGAACAUGACUCCGGCCAUGAUUGCUAGCACAGAAAUGAUGUUGGAGAGGUGGAAGGAUCACGUCGGCAAAGAGAUUGAGGUGUAUGAAGAAUUCAAGUUCUUAACUUCCGAGGUCAUUUCCAGGACUGCUUUUGGGAGUAAUUUCGCUGAAGGAAAGCGCAUUUUCGAGUUGUUGAACAAGAUGGGUCAGCUCGCUGUAUCCAAUCACUUGAAAAUUAGGAUUCCCGGAAUCAGCAAGAUAUACAAAAGCAGAGAAGAUACUGAAGCAGACAAGCUCGAACAAGGCAUAAGAACCGUGAUUUUGAGAAUGCUGAGAAAGAGAGAAGAGAUGGUGGCGAAUGGAGAAGCAGAAAACUUUGGAAGCGAUUUCUUUGGAUUGCUUCUGAGUGCUUUACAUGAAAGCGAUGAAUCCAAGCGUAUAUCGGAGGAUGACCUCAUAGAUGAGUGCAAGACAGUGUAUCUUGCUGGACAAGAAACAACUAAUACUCUGCUGUCCUGGGUUAUGCUGCUUCUAUCGAUCAAUACAGAUUGGCAGGAGAAGGCGAGAACGGAAGUUCUGACUCAUUUGGGAGACCGAGCACCUGAUGCAGAUGGGAUUUUGAAGCUCAAGACUUUGGGCAUGAUAAUCAACGAGACCCUGAGAUUAUAUCCUCCUGCAAUUGGUAUGGCUCGUAAAGUUGUCAAGGAAGUUCAACUCGGGACGCACACUCUCCCAAAGAACACCCACUUCACCAUCGACACUCUAGCUCUUCAUCAAGACCCUAAAACUUGGGGGGAAGAUGCCCUUCAGUUCAAUCCAGGGAGGUUCUCUGAAGGAGUUGCUGGAGCGACGAAGAACAAUGCAUCUGCAUUUAUCCCGUUUGGGAUAGGACAUCGAGUUUGCGCAGGGGCUAACUUCGCAGCAAACGAAGCGAAGAUCGCACUUGCCAUGAUCCUUCAGCGCUAUGCGUUCACGCUCUCCCCUGCUUAUGUGCACUCUCCACGUCAAUCCAUAACAAUCCGCCCGGAGCACGGAGUUCAGGUCAUCCUCCAUGCUCUGUAGUAUUGGUGCAUUGGUAUGGUAGUUGUUGAUUGUGGGAUGUGUUACUGCGUGGAUGUGGGGAUUGGAACCAAGGCAGGAGAAUGUAUAUUUGACUAGAAUAAACGAUUAAUACCUGGUCAUAGGUUUAUGGUGUGAUGCUUCUAUAAGCAUGUUUUAUAUGUACUGUUUGGUAAAGAAGCCUGCGAUCCGCUGUGAUUGAAGAGGCGUUGUUGUUUUACAGAUUUGCUUUCUGGAAAGAGAUAAGGGGAUUUGAUUCCCUUGUGCAGUCGUGCACCUCUGUUUAUGCAUAGUAAAUUUCCAUUUGAUUUUACAUCAAGUGUUUAGUUUCAUCCGAAUGUACCAGAUUCAUCUUUGAAGUUGUUUUAAUCUUUAGCAAGUUAAUCAUUUUCUCCGAUAAAUAUUUAGCAAAUUAAUCAUUAAGUUAUACUGGUGUUGGUCUUCAUUGAUGGCAAUAUAUUCUUGACACAAAGGGAGAUUACUAUGUUCCGUCAAUAGGAGGACGAACCAUUGUUCGAAGCAUGUGAAAAGUUUACAUCUCUCUUACUUAAGUACACACACCAUGGCAUCACCGAUUGGUUACAAGUGGAAAGCUUUUAUAAUGGUUUGACAAAGAAGUCACGAAACCUCAUUGAUGCGGCUAGUGGAGGUGCCAUCAGGAACAAAGAAGUCGGAGAACUUCAACAAUUGAUUGAAGAGAUGGCCCUCAAAAGCUACGAUUGGGGUGACGGAAGGAGAGGCAAGAGCAUGAAGAAGGGAAAUCAAAUGAAGGUCGAAGAACCAUCAUCGUUAGCGGCUCAUAUUCAAGAACUUACCAAGAAAAUUGAUCAAGUUGCAUCAUUAAUGAAGCGCAAUGAGAAGCAACUUAUGAAAUGUGAUUGGUGUGGUGACUAAAGUCAUACUAUGGAAGAGUGUAAGUUUAUGAUCAAGACUUCACUACAAUUUGAGCAAGCCAACUUUGUUGGAGAACAAUGUCGAGGAAACAAUCCUUAUAGCUCAACAUAUAAUACGAGUGGAGGAAUCAUCCUAACUUUCUUUGGUCUUCUCCGACGGAUAGGAAACCUAUGAGAAUUCAAUCCCAAGCGCCAAUGCAAAAUACUUAUUCAAGACCGAGUCAACCUUCAUACCAAGGAGCGUAUCAAGAACAAAGUCGACCCUCUGAUGGUCGAGUCUCUAAACUUGAAGGAUUAGUAGGUCAAUUGUUACACACUCCAACAAGAAGUUUGAGGCUACUGACAAGUUUGGAAGAGGGUCAAAGGAAUCAACAAGCUUCACUCAAAAUCUUGAAACACAACUAAGUUCGUUGGCUCAAACUCUAUCGUUGAGACCUCAAGGAACUUUACCGGGCAAUAUCAAACCUAAUCCAAAGGAAGGAUGGCAUGCGGUAACUCUAAGGAGUGGCCGACCUUUGAAGGAGAUUCCUAUCUCAUCUCCGAGGAUUCCGGUAAGAGAAGUUCAACGUGCAGCCGUUCAAGAAGAAGACCUAGUUCGGAAAGUGGAGCAACCCCCAUUGAAAUAAAAAUUGAAGAUGAGGAGAAGUCAAAGAAGACUCAAGUACCCGAUCCAACACCAAAAUUUCCUUAUCCUAUACGAUUAUUUGAAAGUGAUAUGUAUCAUGAAUGUGCACCGUGGAAGGAUACCUUGAAGUAAUUGAAGGUAACGGUCCAUCUCCUAGACAUGGUAAUGAAGAUUCCUAAAUAUA